CGCGCCCUCUCCUUCACCGUCAUAAUGCUCCGUUCCGCAAUUGUCCGCUCAUUGAGAGCCUCUGUGCCUCGUGCCGUCAAGCCCCAGGCUGCUUUCCAGAUUCGCAGCUCUCCUGUGGCUCGCCCUGCUCAAUUCGCUCCUCGAUUUGCCUUCCAGGCUGUUCGUUUCUACUCCGCCCCUGCCGGCCUGGGCAAGGACGAGGUUGAGGGCCGGAUAGUCAACCUCUUGAAGAACUUCGACAAGGUUACCGAUGCUAGCAAGAUCAACGGUGCAUCCCACUUCUCGAACGACCUCGGACUUGACAGCCUGGAUACUGUUGAGGUUGUGAUGGCUAUUGAAGAGGAAUUCAGCAUUGAGAUCCCCGACAAGGAGGCCGACGCCAUCCACAGCGUUGACAAGGCUGUUGAGUACAUCCUUGCUCAGCCCGAUGCUCACUAAAUAUGUACCUAAUCUGAGGGCUCGGGAGAGGUUGUCGGGAGUUAGAUAGAAAAGAAUGGGGUAGUCUAGUGUGUAUCUUAUGCAGGAUCCUUUAGAGUUGGGGUACCUGCGUGGUAUGGCGCUGAUCUGUAUGCUGAUACAUACCGGUGCUUUCACCUUCCCAUAUCGUGUAUAUCACCUUUAAAUGCAGUUUUGAUUGAUUUGAAGUUUAAUAAGUGUUGUACCGGGGGAUUCGUGAGAGGGACAUUGGUCGGCCCGAGGGGGUUUAUAUAGCGUCGCACUCAGACUUGGAGGUAAACCACAUCCGGCAGAUGGCCACGAGGGUUUUUAACACUGUAGUACGUACGGAAGAAACUACAUAGAGCCAAAAGGCAGGCAGCCAAGCGCCAUAAAUAUAAUCCAC